AUGAGCUAUCAGGAGUACCGAAAACAUCUUCCGGUCGCCUUAUUAGUGAUUUUGAUAUUCGCAUACAUUGAAUACUCAUCGGGAAACUUUGAAGCUUUCGAUCAUCACAUUCGGGGGCUCACAACGUUCCUGGAUACUCUUCAACAAGAAUCUGGCGAUCCUUCCAUCAAAUCGCUUCUUGCCGCGUGGAUGCAGGCACGCCUCGUCGUCUGGUGGUCUCGAGCCUAUUACCGUUCGGUUGAGGCACAGAUAAAUCUACCAUCAGUACCAUUACCAGCCAUCCUUUAUUCAAAUUUUGGCCAGUUCGAGGAGCGCCGGGUCCUAGUGCUCAGCAUCAUGUGCGAAUCGCAUCGGCUCAAUACUCAAGCAGUCCUCAAAUACUGCUCCUCUGGUUUAAUGAGAACAGAUGCAGAUGCUAGGCAGCUUGAUCACGAGUUUGAGGAAAUUCAGACCAUGUUGCGUACGGAGGCAGGAAAACUUGACGAGUGGCUGUUGGGCCUCCCACCGACAGAGAAGCCCAGAAUGAGAGACAUCACGGAACAUAGUGCUUCAAUGGACACAAGUAUUUACUUCCAGUCACAUGAUGCAGCACUUAACUAUGCAUACUACCUAGUCGCCCGUAUCACCCAGAGUACCGAAUGCUUGAGCCUCCUCCCAACUCGAACUCCUCACCUGCUUGGGCAUGAAUUCUCGGAGACGAAGCCUUGGAUCCUCUUGCUGCUUCGCAUUGCGCAAGGGAUUGACAUAAAGACAGCAGUCACACGGAAUACGUACACUAUUGGCUUCUCUGGUUUGCUUUUGGCUGCGUUUCUACGAUGUCAAGACCUUGCUUUAAGCCGCCUGAUUGAAAAUUGGCUCCAAGCUCUGGAGAAUCUGACACCAACUGAGGAAGGGAGUUUUCCAGUUUUCCAGAUCUUGAGUGUUAUUAAAGCCAUCAAUAGCUACAGAUUCAUGGGCCGCGAUGUAUUCGCCGUUUCUCAACCGAUUGAUGAUCUUGGUGGUCCCAAGUUGGGGUGUUAUUGCAGUCAAAAGAUUGAUUCACUUUUUGUGCAUGGAAAACUUCGAAGUACGGGUGAUUUCUUCACUGAAUUGAUAUCAAUAGAUGGUCAAGGGCAGGCGCGUUAA